AGUUUCAACAAAAUCGCAUCAAUCAACCGGACGAUCCCGUUACUUCCCUCUUCUUCAAACAAGCCGUCAACCCAAAAAACUCUGCAGCACUUAGUUAACCUUUUAUUACCAGUCGUCCUAUUCAGUUGAACAUUUCGCUUACAUAGAACUUAGAGCGAGAAAGUUCUUUCUGGAGAGAGAACGCAGCAAAACCUAUCAAUCUUCGCUUAUUCGUUCUCGUCACAUUGGUUUGUUAAGUCCGGUGAUUAUACGUCUUGAGAAUGUUCGCCGAUUUAAUUGAUUGGGAUUGAGUAUUUCAGAAGUUUAAUUUGAAAUUCUUGAGUGUUGUUUGUGUUUCUCGUGAAUUAGAUUGAAGGUUGUUGUGGUGGCGUGAAGGAUUUGAUCGGGGCGGGUCCGACAUGAGCAGCCAAGGGCAGGUGGUGACGGUUAAGGACCUCAUAGAAGAAGCUAAAAAGCGGAUUGUAAUAUUGCUCCUAUGUGUCAUUGGACUUUCCUAUAUCAUGUCUCUAACAAGCUCUUCAGUCUUUAUCAACUUGCCUGCUGCUGCUCUCCUAAUUGUUAUCCUUCGCUAUCUAUCUCUGGACUUUGAUGCACGAAUAAAAGCUGCUACAUAUAAAAACAAGUCAUCCUCAUCAAAUAGUAGUAUUCAGAAGAAACAGUUAGAUGGUCCAAGAACAGUUAAUGAGAAGUCUGAUUGGAGGAAGAAAGUAGAUUCACCUAUUGUGGAAGAUGCAAUAGACCACUUCACCAGACACAUAGUCUCUGAGUGGGUGACAGAUCUCUGGUACUGCCGUAUAACUUCUGAUAGACAGGCAACACAGGAACUUGUGCAGAUCAUGAAUGGCGUGCUAGGGGAAAUUUCAUGUCGGAUGAGAUCCAUCAAUCUUAUAGAUCUUUUAACAAGGAAUAUUGUCAGUCUAAUAUGCACUCAUUUGGAACUCUUCCGUUCAUGCAAAAUGAGGAUUGAGAAAAAGCAUUCAAGAUCCUUGACUAUAGAAGAGCGAGAUCUGGAACUUAAACUGACACUGGCUGCAGAUGACAAGUUACAUCCGGCUUUAUUUUCUCCAGAAGCUGAACACAAGGUUCUCCAGCAUCUCAUGGAUGGUCUCAUUUCAUUAACGUUUAACCCAGACGACUUGCAAUGCUCUUUAUUCCGCUACAUUGUGAGGGAGCUUCUUGCUUGCGUUGUGAUACGGCCAGUACUGAAUUUAGCUAACCCUAGGUUCAUUAACGAGAGGAUUGAAUCUCUAGUUAUUUCCCUAAAGAAGGCUGAUAAAGGACCUACGGCCUCUCAAACAGAAAACCAAUCAAGUGCGAGUGAAUCUGAAAAGGUAUUAGCAGAUCCAUUUUCUGGGGUGUUGGAUCCUUCUGCCAAAGGUGUUGAACUUGUUCAGUUAAAAAAAGACGAAACUAACGAUACCAUGGCGAAUAAUGCGAUGGACAACGGAAAUGGAACAGAUUUGUCAAAGGAUCCUUUACUUUCCAUUGAUACACGGUCUACUCGUUCUUGGAGUUCUUUGCCAUCACAACCCAACACAGAUGAUGGGAGAGGUCUCCAGAGACACCGCUCUGGAGAAGAGUGGGGUGAAAUGCUAGAUUUGAUGUCACGUCGAAAGUCUGAAACCCUGGCUCCAGAAAACUUGGACAACAUGUGGACAAAAGGAAGAAACUAUAAAAGGAAAGAAGAGGGCAAUCUAGCAUCAGAUUCACUCGAACAGAAUUCUUUGGUCGGGGCACCUAAAUCACAGGAACACUUGAAGGGGAUGUUUAGACAGAAAGAGUGUGAGAGAGAAAAUAAGGUUAACCUGAACCGUUAUUUGAAGGCUACUCAACCUUUUCAAUAUCAAGAGGAAGAUGAGCAAAACAUAGAUGAAGUCGAAUCAGAGAGCACUAGUUCUUACACUACUGAGGAUGAGGAACCUAGUAGUGUGACAGGUCUUGAUUCUCCUGGUAUUUUAGUGUGGGAUGCAAAAAAUAGAAGGAAUGUCAAUCACGUUCAUCAUCCACUUGCAAGUAAUGCUGGUCAUAAGACCAGAAAGGGAAAAUCUAACAAAGGUCACAUUCACUCUAAGCACUUAAAUAAAGUACCAUCUGCGCGGAAAAAAUCCAGAGUGAGUAGCUCAACAGAGCAUGUUUGGCAAGAGAUUCAAAGAUCGAGCUUCUUAUUAGGGGAUGGACAUGAUAUAUUAAACUCUAAAGAUAAUGAGAACCCAGAAGUUCUGAGUGACGACACUGAUACAGAAAUGCCUGGUAGAGUUUCAAGUGGCAUGAAUGCAUCAUCAUCUUCUUUGUCAAGCAGCGUUCUUGAAAGUCACAAAAUGGGUGCUAAUUCUGUUAAAGGUUCUAUAAUUGCUGAUUCCUUUCUGAAGUUAACAUGCGAGGUCUUGAGUGCCAAUAUCGUAAAAUGUGGCUCAAAAACUUUUGCUGUUUAUUCCUUAUCUGUUACAGACGUGAACAAUCAUAGUUGGUCCAUCAAAAGAAGGUUUCGUCAUUUUGAGGAGCUACACAGACGACUUAAGGAGUAUCCUGAGUACAAUCUUCAUUUGCCACCCAAACAUUUCCUCUCUACAGGUCUGGAUGUUCAAGUCAUUCGAGAACGAUGCAAAUUUCUUAACGCAUAUCUGAAGAAACUGCUGCAGCUCCCAACCGUUUCCAACUGCAUUGAGGUUUGGGACUUCCUCAGUGUUGAUUCACAGACAUAUAGCUUUUCGAAUUCGCUUUCCAUAAUUGAGACAUUACCACUUGACCUGGAUGAUACAGUACACAAAGUAAGAAAAGAACCUCCGCCCAAGAUUGUCCAAAGAACUGAUAUCACAUCCUCCAUGGGAGAGGAUUAUGCUGAAAGAAAGGAGCAAGUCUUGAUGCAUCAUCCUGUGGUGGAUGAAUCAAGAUUUGGGAAAAGAUUUGUUCCACUGGCCCCUCCAAAAAGACCCACCAAAGGAACUUUUGAGGAUUCAAGUAGUGACUCCGACAAUGUACAAACAAAUAAAGUUUCAAUCCCAACCAUGGAAACGACGCUAAAAUCAGCUGAAACUAAUUCACGUGCCUCACAUGCAUCAUCAGAAUCCUUUGUUGAUGCUCCUGUUGACUCCUCCCUUCCUGUAGAGUGGGUGCCUCCAAACGUAAGUGCACCCGUUCUCGACCUGGUUGACGUCAUUUUUCAGCUCCGAGAUGGUGGAUGGAUCAGGAGAAAGGCAUUCUGGGUGGCGAAACAGGUUUUACAAUUGGGAAUGGGUGAUGCAUUUGAUGACUGGCUGAUUGAGAAAAUCCAGCGUCUGCGCAGGGGUUCAGUAGUUGCUGCAGGCAUCAGACGUGUUGAGCAGAUUCUAUGGCCUGAUGGAAUAUUCAUAACAAAGCAUCCAAGGAGACAACGUCCGACCCCAUCUGCUAGUCCAUCUGCUAAUUCUCCACACAACCAACCUCCUACUCCGUCAUCAUCACCAACAAUAGAGGAUAUCCAGAAACUGGAGGAGAUGCAACAGAAGGAAGCAGAAAGGCGCGCAAACCUUGUAUAUGAGCUGAUGAUUGAAAAAGCGCCUGCUGCUGUCGUCGGACUCGUUGGUCACAAGGAAUAUGAACAAUGUGCAAAGGAUCUUUAUUACUUCAUCCAGUCAUCUGUGUGUCUGAAGCUGUUAGUCCUUGAUCUUGUUGAGCUGAUACUGUUGUCCGCUUUCCCCGAGCUGGAUGGCGUGUUCAGUACAUUGCACAAGGAUAAGAGGAAGUUUGGGGAGCUCAAAAUAGAUUAGUGUGCGCGAGUUUCAAGACAGUUGGUCCAUCUUUUAAAGGAACCGAUUUUUGCAUACAAUUUUCUUUCCCUUUGGCACUACUGGGAAUCGAUUUUUGCUUACAUGUCUUGUAAGCUAGUUGCUAACGGCGUGGAAAAUUUUGUUUUGUGGAAAUUUUUCUUAGAAACACAAACUGUUAAAAGUUGAGCUAGAAUCAUCUUCCUUGAGGACACUUUUU